CCACAGUAUCGAAUCGUGCCACGACAACGUUGCUGGUCUGAUUGACUACAACCGACCUCAAUAUCAAGUACGAAACAAAGGGUAAAGGGAGCAAGUGGUAUACCUAACCCAUGACCGACAGAAUUCGGGUACAAGUGGAGAGACUCCAAAUAAAUGUCAUCGCAAACCUAGUCCACCAACACACCCAAAAGAAUACCGAAAAGGCACAAACAUGAAGCGGUCACGCGAACCCGAGGAGGACCCUCUGCCCUAUCAACAAACAGUAACAACGACAAGCUCUCUUUAUCCAAACCAACAGCAAUUGAGUGAUACCACCGGGACAACAACGAGCCGAUCUACGAGCGCCGAUGCCUCCGGGUCACCACCCGCUGCAAAGAUCACUGGGCUAGAUCCCACCGAAAGCCUCAGCCAACCCAGGAUGCAGAUGAAAUGUUCGCUGCCGCCACACAAGGACACACUGGUGUUUUCGACAUACUCAGAGUACGAAUCCCAUUACAACAGCAUCCACACCAACCGGUGCCUCGAGUGCCGUAAAAACUUCCCCUCGUCUCAUCUACUUGGGCUGCACAUCGAGGAGAAUCAUGACUCCUUCACGGCUGUCAAAAGAGACAAAGGUGAACACACAUACUCCUGCUUCGUGGAAGGUUGCGAAAGGAAAUGCAUGACCCCCCAAAAGCGACGGAUGCAUCUCGUUGAUAAGCACAUGUACCCAAAGAAUUUCUUCUUCGCGGUGACACUGCACGGUAUUGACGGGCGGCAAUCGAUGUUGUUGGAUGAACGGCGGCCGAAACAGAAACGGGUCCACAAGCCAUCGGCAGCGGAAACACAUGCCGGCUCUUCCGAGCCAAAGGUCACCUCCAAGUCAAAGCCUCCAUCAGAAAUGAAAGAGCAGAUGGAAGUAGAUCAGCCCGAGCCUACUCCAACAUCGACGAACCCCGAUGCUGAUACGACAGACCAACCGCAUGAGGAGGCCGUUGAGGAGCCGGCUGACGUGGAUAUGGGGGACUUGGUAGGCAAGAUGUCUGCACUGCAGUUCGUGCCCUCCAGUGUCAGAUUUGGUCGUGGUCGUGGAGGAAAGACUGGAUUCGCCAAAAGGUGA